CACCACCUCCUGUGUCCACGCGCUGUCAGUUGCUAUUCGCCGGUGCGGGGUACAAAUAGAGAACCUUCCUCAUAGGAGCAGAGCGUUUGCCAUGGAGGAAGACCCUACUCCGAUACCCUCCGUUGGUUUGCGGAAGCACCUCAUUACGAACGAGGAUGGAGUUAUCACGGGAUCUGUUUGCGCUGAAGACCUUGGUCACACGGAGAGCGGCAUGUUCCUGGACAAGAUCAUCAUGUGCGAGGUGCCCAACCUCAACGUCAAGUUUCCCUCGUCCCUAGCCCCCAACCGCGAGAUCACCGUCAACACUCAGGGCAGCCCGACGUGCUACAACAAGCUCCUGGGGCCGAGGGACUGCAUCAUUUACGGCGAGUGCCAACACGUGCGCGACAAGAACAAGCCGCCGACGGCGAAGGCCUUCCUCCGGGCAGGGCCUCGACCCGAGCUUCACUUCAACCCCACGGAAGUGCGAGGGGCGAUUGUUACGUGCGGCGGGUUGUGCCCGGGACUCAACAGCGUCGUGCAUCACCUUGUAGAGACGAUGCUGGUCACUUACAAGGCCGACAAGGUGUUCGGCAUCAGGGGCGGCUUCGCCGGGUUCUACGACGAGGCUACUCCUGCGGUGGAGCUAACUAGCGAGGGGGUGGAGUUCCUCCAGCACCAGCCAGGGUCCGUUCUCGGGUCUUCCCGUGGAGGCUUCGACCUCGACAAGAUUAUCAAGUUCCUCGUCGACAACAAGGUGAACCAGCUGUACAUCAUAGGAGGCGACGGAACUCACAGAGGAGCGCUGCGAAUCGCGACGGAGUGCAUGCAAAGGGGCCUCAACAUCUCGGUGACCGGCAUCCCCAAGACCAUCGACAACGAUCUGGACAUCAUCGACCGGUCCUUCGGUUUCCUCACCGCCGUAGAGUCCGCACAGGCGGCUAUCCAGGUGGCCACAACGGAAGCCAAGUGCAACCUGCCCAACGGCAUUGGCGUCGUCAAGCUCAUGGGACGAUCGGCAGGAUACAUCGCGGCAUACGCCACGAUGGCAUCCGGAGACGUGGACCUGUGCCUCGUGCCGGAGUCGCCUAUCGUUCUCGAGGGACCGACCGGCUGCAUCCCUCACCUCAUGAAGAGGGUUGAGGAGAAGGGCUACGCCGUUGUGGUCGUGGCAGAAGGGGCCGGGGAGGAGCUGCUAGGGGAAAACACGGCCAAGGAUGCCAGCGGCAACAAGCGACUGCCGGCGAUCGGCAAGUUCAUGAAGGGGGCCAUCGAGGACGCGUUCCAAGCCGAGGACAAGAUAUGCAACGUCAAGUACAUCGACCCUUCCUACAUGAUCAGGUCCGUGGCGGCGACGGCUUUCGACCAGAUCUACUGCAUGCAGCUGGCGCAGAACGCGGUGCACGGAGCCAUGGCGGGUUACACCGCCUUCAGCGCGGGAGUGGUCAACAACAGGACGGUGUUUAUCCCCAUCACGGAGCUAGUGGAAAACUCGCCGAGAUGCCUCAACAUGCACGGCCGCACGUGGGAGCGGGUCCUCACCAUCACACGGCAGCCCAACACCAUCGAGAGUCGCGCUUGCAAGUAGUGAUCGCUUCGGUCAGCCAAUGUGCUUUCUGUCGGUCUCCCGCGCGCCACGGCUCAACACGCGAGUCGGGGACACGGUCGAGCAGGGCAAGUGAUUCGCUUGUUGAUUUGGUUUGUCAUCUUCUUCCUCUCGCCAUUUCAAAACGAAAAGCAAUGGAACGGAAUAGAACAAUGUCAUGGCAGGUGGUAGUGGAAGGUUGGGGAUUGUCGUGGGAGGUGAUGGGCAGCACGGAACAGAAAGACAUGGGACGGAACGGAACGGCAAGGAACGGAACGUUGCCACGUCAUGGAAGGUGACGGAAACGUCAUGGAAGAUUGCGGGAACGUCAUAGAAAAAUACGGAACGGAACAGGAUAGAACGGAAAAGGAUAAAACGGAAAAGGAUCAGGAACGCAACGGGGAGUAUCUCGCCAGAAAACGCUUGCGUAUGUGUUCUUGGGCAUUUGGCAAGUAGAACUCCUGGCCUUCCUUGCCGUGGAAGCGCAGCUUGACCGUCACGAUAAGCAUCUUCGAAAGGGUGCGGCUGUAAAGGCGAGAGGCUCUUUGUGACCGUUCUGCGUUAGGUGUGGAAAGAGUGAUACCGAGGUAGGGAUAGAAUCCGGCACAAAACGUGGUUGUGCGUGUUUCGCAAUCCAACGCAGCGUACAGUACACGCGUGGUGGCGGGUGGGGGGGGUUGGGUGCUUGGUUACAUGUAGAACCAACCGUGCCCUUUCAAUUCUUCUCUCUUUUGGAGAAGGUUUAUCUCCGAAGGAGUUUAUUUCGUCCGGUCGCUGUCGUGUGCGCGACGAAGAAAGAAAGGUGGCACUCGACACGCGCAGCAGGUCCACACAUGCACACCGACAGCGAACGAAACGAGGCGUUUGCAGGCGUUUGCUGCCGCCACGCCACGAAGGCGCCACGGCGAGGGCGGCGGCAGCAGCAUGGUUUGCAUGUGAUCUAGCUGACCAGAUAGACCACUUGCUCUUUCACAGCUUCUUUUUUGUUUGCCCGUGUGGGGGGGGCGGGGGGGCGGGGGGCUUGCUCUCCACACCUGUAGGUGUUUUGAAAACUCCGAGGAGUACAGACCUUAACACGAGGGGGCCCUAGAUAGCUGUCCCUUGUGCUCCGGUUGGUGAUGUGUCGGGUGACUCAGGUUCGUCGAUCCUUUCGUCGUUGCCGGUUUGCACAAAAGAGUCAAGCGUCGCAUAUCCACCACGCCCCGUCGGGGGAGCGGGUGUUGGAGGGACGGGGGCAAGGGGGACGGGGGGUGACGGAACCAGGGGCCAAGAACCUAGCGUGUUAGGAGCCAGCGUCCUGCUUAUUUCCUGGGCUGCGGUGAGGUCGUUUUCUCUCCGUGGGCUGGUUGUCAUGUAAUAUGCCGGUAGCUUUUUUUCAAGCCUCCUGGACUGGUCUCGUGUCGGUUUCUCUGUGCGUUCGUCUUGUUCCUGCCGUGUUUUUUCAUGUGGUUUCCCGAAAGGAAGGUCUUCAUGAAGUUUUUAAGAACAUCGAAAACACAAUCAAGUGCAGGCACGAGGAGAGUGCGAGGU